AUGGUAGCCGAGGACCCGGACCGCAAUGUGCUAAUGGCCAACCUUGUGUGCUUCCACACCCUGAUGCAGCAGCGCAGCCGUCUUGGCGAUGCCUUCCUGCCAGGAGGUCGCUGGGCUUUGGCGGACCUCUCUUUCGCAACCGAGGCACUUGCGAGCUGCUUGCGGCCGGGCCAAUCCUGGCAGGAGCCCACCCAGGCGCUUCUCUCGGGCAUCUACAGCGGCUGCAACCUGGCUGGCCAAGCUCUCAUCGAAGCCCUGGCGCAGGACCUCUCCGC